UUUAUUUUCUCCUUACUUUCCAACCUUCACUGCUUUGGAUUCUCCUCUCCUGCAUCCAUUACAAAUUGGCUAACCAUUUUUCCAAAUUGUCAUGAAUGUGAAAAUGCUUCUGGUGGAUUGAAGAAUGUUAUAUCUAUUUGCUAUUUGAUACAAUAAUUGACUACUCAACUGUCAAUCUAACAAGAUGGCAGGUGUUUAUUGGAUCACUUUCUUGGUAGUUCUAUUUUGUCUUGUUGGUGCAUUUGAUGCUAGUGCUGGAGAUGCUGACCCUUUGUACAGGGCUUGUUUUGGCCAGUGUAAAGAGACCGGGUGUGCUGGAGAAACAUGCUUCCCGCAUUGUAAAACUCCUUCAAAUGAUUCUUCUUCUGAUGAUAACUGGUACUUAAAAGAGCCUCUAUACCUAUGGUUGAAACAAGCGAAUUGCAUAAGUGAUUGCCAGUAUCACUGCAUGCUUCAAAGAGAAGAAGAACGAGCGACACAUGGAUUUGGGCCUGUGAAAUAUCACGGGAAAUGGCCAUUCAAACGAGUGUUUGGGCUUCAGGAGCCAGUGUCUGUUGCUUUCUCUGUGCUUAACCUUGCAAUGCAUCUCCAUGGAUGGUUGUCCUUUUUCAUGCUUAUUUACUACAAGUUACGAUCAAACUCUGAUGAGACGACCUGCUACAGUUACAGUAGUUUGUGGCACAUUUACGCGUUCUUGUCUAUAAACUCAUGGUUAUGGAGUGCCGUCUUCCACAGCCGAGACAUGGAUUUUACAGAAAAGCUGGACUACUCAUCUGCUGUGGCGUUACUUGGAUUUUCACUGAUUUUAGCAGUAUUAAGAAGUUUCAGUGUAAAGAAUGAGGCGAUGAGAGUUCUGGUUGCCGCUCCAUUGCUUGCCUUCACAGUCACUCAUAUAUUGUACCUGAACAACUAUCAAAUGGACUAUGGAUGGAACAUGAAAGUUUGUGUUGUGAUAGCUGUUUCUCAACUUCUAAUCUGGGCAGUCUGGGCUGGAAUUAGCCGUCAUCCUUCUCGGUGGAAGUUAUGGACGGUGGUUGUGGGAGGUGGCCUCGCUAUGCUCCUAGAGAUCUACGACUUCCCUCCAUAUCAAGGACUAGUAGAUGCCCAUGCACUUUGGCAUGCGACCACAAUCCCUCUGACCUAUAUCUGGUGGAGUUUCAUCAAGGAUGAUGCAAAGUUUGGAAAUUCAAACUUGAGUAAAAAAGUGAGGUAGUGUUUCCCGACAGGGUUUUAUAUCGCUCGAUCAGUUUUGACAUGGAGAGCUAUAACAAGUACUCAGUAGCAACUCCUUUUAUUAUCUUUUCUUUUUAGAUGUUAUCAUCUUGUUUGUGCAAGAAAAUCGAGUUUGGAAUGGAUAGAAGGGUAUCGAUAUGCCCAGAGGCAGAUUCAGGACUUUGAUUUGACGGGUUCAACCUUUAGAUUAGAUUGUAAUGCUGUUAUAGUUGCAGAGUUGACACUAUUCAUUUCCUCACAUGAUUUGCAAUUAACUUGUAGCUUUUGAUUCCAUGCUUCUGAAACUGAUUCUGAUUUUUAUUCUUGGAAAGCAAUACUUGUGCCAUGUA